AUGGUGUAUAUUCUCAAGAACGGGUUCUGGAACAAAAAGCUUAAGGCCAAACGUUUGAAGUUUCGAUUCCUAGGGUACAAAGCAAAGUUUAAUGAACGCACGCCAAAAAUAUCUGGCGAGUUCACUCGUCUCGGAGAGGAAUCUGGAAGCGGUUUCUGAAAAUGAAAUUUAAAACGUAACUGAUAAUUGUCAAAACUGAGAGGAAAAAGCUAAUUGAUAGUGACAAUUAUACUAUGAGGAGACAAUAAAUAAACUUAUAGAUGUUCAGUAUGUUUUGCUUGUAUUUUUGUCUAUUGCAACUUUAAUUUUUCUCGCUUAUGUUUACUGUUCAACUACUUGAACCGGGACACUUGGAAGAAGAUUAGCCAAACAAAAUUUACAGUUUUUGAAAACAAAAGAUUCUCAUAUUUUCUUGCAAACCGACCAAUAACUUUCAUGAAUUUGAGGACUGCUUCCUGAGAGGUCAGGUAAGGUCGAACAGGUUGAAACCUUUCAACGGUUGCAUAGUUGACCCCUGAAUUUUAUGGUCCGCUUGCAAAAAGACUUGAGGAUCUUUCGUUUUCAAAAACUGUUGUCAUUGGGUAAUUAACCUCCCUUCAAGCUAGUGCCCCGGUUCGAGUAAUCACACUCUAACCACACUAGGAACAAAUUGAUGGACACUUUGUCUCUCCAUAUAACUCACUUUUGAAACCUGAGGAGUAAUUAAUUGGAUCAGUAAUUGCUGAACGUUUCGGUACUCGUUGUGACAAAAAAUUAAAAUGAUCCAAGUGAAAAUAAUGCGAAAAAGGCAGAAAUUAUAAACAACAAAAACAAUCAAGGAGUAGCUUGUAAUCUGAUAGGCAUGAUAAGAGGCUGAAUACCCUUUUUUCGCUGUAAACCAAGGCGGGAUGUUUUUCGGCAGAGGGCGGGGGAAGGCCGGCUCAACUCGACUCAAUAUUUACUCAGCCAAGGCAUCAACUAGUUACCCUUACCAAAAUUUCCCGUUUCCUUUAAGCAAACCAUACAGCUUAGCAUUCGAUUGGUUUGCCGUACAAAGAAUGUGUCUUUUUUUUCCAGACACGAAGCCUCGUCAGCAACCUUCUUCCCAGGCUCUUCUCGCUCCGAGGGACGAGUAAGAGAGAACCCUGGUAACGAGGUUGUCGCUUUGGUGGGAUACCGGAAAAAUCCGGCAGUUGAUUGGCUUAUCGAGCACAGGUCGGAGGAGUUCGAGAAACAAGUCCUACAUCAUAUCCUUUGGCCUGGAAAGCGAGAUCCUGAUGAGACGAUUGGAGAAACGAUGACUUGCUAAAUCAAAUUUUUACGCUGCGUUUGGAUGCAAUAGUGGAAAAGCUUUGACACAAUGUUCUUCAGUUAAGCCAAUUUCAUAAAAACCUAAAAUAACAAGAUGAGAAACCCGGUUUGUACAUGCUAUCUCUGCUCCACAGGGGCCUCUUUUUGUCCCUGGGAGAACUGGGCGAGAGGAAGAAAACGUGCACAGUACUAUUUCAAAAGUAGUUUUAUUUUGUUGAUAUACCCAGCGAGUGGGAGCCUCUGUGUCUCUCAUUGAGUCAAAUAAAGCCACCACACCUUCCUUAAAAAGACGAAAUUUCUCACACGUUCUUGAUCGAAUUGUCGGCAGCUUUCUGACCUUUUUAUGUAAUGAUACUGAUAUUAUAUUACUUUCAUGUACAUUGAAGUAUAUUACUGGUAAAUUAUUUCUUUGUUCAAUAACCGUUGCUUGUUAUAUUAUUGUUGGGUUGUGAAAUUCUCUAAUUGCAUGAUCCGUGAGAUAAUUUAAUCUACUGGUGGUAAAAUAAUUCAUGAAAAUUUUACAGAAUUAAUUCAGUUGGUUUCUCUCUAAUUUCCCAGUCACUACUCAAGCAGACAUACUGUUUCAAGCAGAAACGAGCUUUAGCGAGACCUAAACUGAUUCCGAUUUUUUUUUAAACGAACCUGUUUUAAGCGGACAUCUCUAUUAUUCUGAUAUAAUAGUGUCUUUUUAAUUAGACGAAAUUUGCUAAUAAGAAAACGUUAAUUGGUUCGCUUAUAUAUUCAAUAGCUUUGACGACUAAACUUGUUUUGUUUGCCAAUACUCCAUUUAACUGAAUAAAACUUUUGUUAGCAAGUUUAAAGUAAUCAUGUUUUUCAUAAUUGUUUUUUUUUUUAAAUGAAGGACACUAGGCAGACGACGGAAAAGAGAUAACGUUGAACACGGCGGGAACUGAAGAGCGGACUGUGAUCAAACUGAGUACGAUCGACAAAUGUGAGUAGAAGAAAUUUUCGCUACCGACAAAGGGAAACGCUAUGUUAAAAUCUUGCAGAGUUUUUUGAUCUUCAGUCUGCCAAAAUCUUCAGUUAUUAUUUUGAAUAUCUCGGGAACGUUCUUUUAUCCGCAAGGACACUGUAUUUGUGACAAUCAGCCAGUGUACUGGCUCCUUGGUUUCGAGUUUUUGCAUCGGCCCGGGACUGAAAACAUAAAGUUUUUGUAACAUGAGAAAACUGUUGGUAAUUCAGGCGGUGAGGGAUAACCAGUUGACCUUGUCUAGUUCGGCCCUCCCUUAAUUGAUUCAAAAGGGAGGCAAAAGAGCCCAUGAUUUAGCUACUACUGCUCUAGAAGAGCAGGGGACUUAAAUACGGUACCAUGUGACCCAUCUCUUAUCUUCAAGCAAUCUGUAAUAGCAACUUGCAUCUCAGUACUCCUGGAUUCACCACACCAAUAUGGUUAAAGUGAUUUAAGUCCAAAAACAAAUCCGUAAAAUGUUGACAUAUAUGUUCUUUUUAUCGAUUGACCGAAAUUCCCUAAACCUUACUAGUUGUCCAUCAACCUAUAUAAGCUAAUAUAGGAUUCUUGGGGUAUCAACCUACAUUUCAAUUUUUACAAGAAAUCAUUUAUAAUUAUCUCCAUAUGUAAGGGUUCUGUAAAGUAAAUACUGGAUUUACAGGUUCUGAGGUUUAGAAAAUAAUUAUCAUUUCUUUUGUUCUAUAACCACGUCUAGAAUUGAAGGGAGAAUCAAAUAACUCACUGACAAUUGUAAUUACAGUCAAUCCGAUUUACACGAAAUAUUAAUUUAUAAUAUUCAUGAAGGAUUACAAUUGACAAAAAAUACUGUCCUUCUUCCUGCACCCAACAUACAGUAAAGGAAAUGGAAGUCUUGAAAAUGUUUUUCAGAAUAGUAUCACCGACGCAACUAACUUUCAUCAAGUGCUGGCAAAUAGUCAGCCUGAGAAAACAGCUUCUGAUUGUUUGAAAAUUUGAUUUAACCAAUCAGGAGUACAACCCAGGUCUGAGUACUUACGCGUCAUCAGUAUGGAAUUUCUGCGGUCGUGAAAACCAGUGCUGGCGUUGCAAAAUAUCGCUGGCUGUUUUUUCAAGCAAGCAAAUAGUUAAGUUUAACCCACAAGAAAACAGCGAUGAUUAUCGGUGUUGAUAAAAAUGGAAUGUUUCAUGUGCCAAGAUCUUGCUGUAUUUCUUUCUUUACAGUAAAACCAUGCGUACGUACCUGUCUAUUUUGCUUAUCAUUUACUUACUUACUGUGGUUCACGACGUCAUCUGUUUCGACGAAGGACGCUUCUCCAUCAUUCACCGGUAUGACGAUGGUUUUAUCGGGAAGCUCUCCCUCAUCCCGGGAACAGAAAUUAAAAACGGCUGGAACAUGGUCGUCACAUUCUCAGAACCAAUCAAAAAGCUAGAAGUGUGGCAAGCAAACACGGAGAAGCGAAACAAGGAAAAAACAGUGUUCGCUCUCAAGGGCGCUCACUGGCACAACCACAUAAAUGCCGGCCAAGAGUUUAGCUUUAAUUUCAAGGUUACAACGAACAGAAGGGGAGGUUUUAGCCCUCAAAUCGUCGAAGUCGCUGUGGGUCGUACAGAAAAUGAAAGGGGCCUUCACUGUGUUGGCAAAAUUUAA